AUCUGGUUGGUAUGGGCAAGUUGGACUGAAGUGUCUGUUUCCGUGCAGUAUAUCUCUAUGACUCUAUAACAUAAUUUAUAGGCAGCGAGAUCAAAAGUUCGUACAUGCCUAUAAAUUAUAUGCCUGUGCGCUUCUUUUCACUCCACCUGACGAAGGCGCAGCGCUUUGAAAGCUUGUGAUUUCAAACAAACCUGUUGGACUAUAACCUGGUGUCGUGUGACUUCUGACCUUGUGUUUGGGAAGUUUGUUUCACAGAAUAUGUAUGAGAACGUGAAGAUCAAUAUUUGGAAAGCGAACUGAAUGUCACACCAGGAUCUGACAUCCAACUUAUCGUAACCUGAAUAACUUGGAAUAUUCAAGCAUGGAAGAGAAAAGCUCCAUUCACAAGCAGAGUCACACUGGGGAGAAACCGUGGAAGUGUGGGUACUGCGAGGAGAGUUUCAGUUACCCGUCUGAGCUGGAAAUUCAUCAACGCAGUCACACUGGGGAGAGGCCAUUCAAAUGUGCCAUAUGUAUGAAGGGAUUCACUCAGUCAUCCCACCUGCUUACCCACCAACAAGUUCACACUAAGGAUAGACCUUUUAAAUGCUCAGACUGUGGGAAGUGCUAUAAAAGUUCCAGCGAACUGAUGCGCCAUCAACACAUUCACACCAACAAGAGACCCUUUCAAUGCCCAGACUGUGAGAAGUGCUUUAAAAGUUCGAGGGAACUGAUGUCCCAUCAACUUGUUCACACUGACAAGAGACCUUUUAAAUGCCUGGACUGUGGGAGAAGCUAUAAAAGUUCUAGGGAGUUGAUGCGCCACCAACGUGUUCACACUGACGAGAGACCAUUCAGGUGCUCUCACUGUGGGACAGGGUUCAGACACUCAUCUCACCUUGCUGUACACCAACGCACUCACACCGGGGACAGACCGUUCACUUGCUCUGAAUGUGGGAAGGGAUUCACUCGGUCAUCCAACCUGCUGACACAUCAGCGAGUUCACACUGGGAAGAGACCUUUCAAAUGCUCAGACUGUGAGAAAUGCUAUACAAGUUCAAGUGGACUGAUGUCCCAUCAACGUGCACAUACUAACAACAGACCUUUUAAAUGCCCAAACUGUGGGAAGUGCUUUAAAAGCUCUGGGGACCUUAUGUAUCAUCAACGUGUUCACACUGACGAGAGACCUUUCAGGUGUUCUCACUGUGGGACUGGGUUCAGGCAAUCAUCUCAACUCACUGCACACCAGCGAAUCCACACUGGGGAGAGACCGUUCAUCUGCGCUAUAUGUGGGAGGAGAUUUACUCAGUCAUCCAACCUGCUGAGACACCAGCGAGUUCACAAGUAACUAAAAUGAUUGGAUCUUGCUGUUAAUCGCAUUCAUUGGGUCUGUUGUUGCUGGUGGUAAACACCAGGCCAGCUACACUGAUAUAUGCUGCAUAAAAGACAAAUAAAAUCAGCUUUUUGUUAAA